AUGGAGUGGAAGCACAUGAACUCGAGGAUCAGGAAAUGGCACGUAGCAAUGAGGAGAAUCAUCGGCGUCUAUCUUAGCAGUGCAAAACGGCUGUUUGACCAAGUUCUCGGAAAAUACGGCCAUGUCAGCUCAGCUUGCUUGCUCGAGGCUUCAAGGGGGCCUCUCUUCUGUCUCUUGAAUUUCGGCCAUGCUGUUUUGAUUGGACCCCACAAUCCCGAAUGGCUCUUCUGCUUGCUCGAUAUGUACGAGGUUUUAGCUGAUCUCAUGCCGGAUUUGGAUGCUCUGUUCCCACAAGAGGCGGAGUCGUUAAUCAGGAUCGAGUUCCACGAGCUUGUGUUGGAACUAGGAGAAUCGGUUAGAACCAUUCUCGAGGAGCUCGGAAAUCGCAUUACAACAUGCACUUCCACUACCCCUUUCCAAAAUGGAGGGAUUCACCACUUAACAAAGUACCUCGUCAACUACAUCUUGUGCUUCGCUGAAUACGAAGAUACGCUUCAUUUGCUUCUUCAAGAUGAAGAGCACGGCCGAGAGCAUGGAGAUGAAGAGCGGAGCACAGGUGGAUCCCAAUCCCUCCUGUGCCUUGGCAACGUACCUGCAGUCACUCACAUCGAUUUUUGA